UCUGGUGAAUGCUGCCCCUCAGGCUGGGAUAUGGCAGCGGCUCUUGCCAGCUCCCUGAUCCGGCAGAAGCGGCAGGCGAGAGAGAACAACGCCGACCGAGUGUCAGCCACCAAGCGCAGGAGCAGCCCCAACAAAGCCAAGAAAUCCCUGUGUGAGAGACACGGCCUCGGGGUCUUCUCCAAAGUCAGGUUCUGUAGCGGCAAAAAGAGACCAGUCAGGAAGAGAGCAGACCCCCAGCUGAAAGGUAUAGUGACGAGGUUAUUCAGCCAGCAAGGCUUCUACCUGCAGAUGCAACCUGAUGGCACCAUCGACGGUACCAAGGAUGAGAACAGCAACUACACUCUCUUCAACCUGAUUCCUGUGGGAUUGCGAGUGGUGGCAAUUCAAGGCGUGAAAUCUGGUCUCUAUGUGGCCAUGAAUGGGGAAGGUCUCCUCUACAACUCAGAGCUUUUCACGGCAGAGUGCAAGUUCAAAGAGUCAGUUUUUGAGAACUAUUACGUCAUCUACUCCUCAACUCUAUACCGGCAGCAGGAGUCAGGCCGGGCCUGGUUCCUGGGACUCAACAAGGAUGGCCAGGUCAUGAAGGGGAACCGAGUCAAGAAAACCAAGCCAUCCUCCCAUUUUCUACCAAAACCAAUCGAAGUUUGCAUGUACAGAGAGCCGUCGAUGCAUGAAAUCGGGGACAAAGCCGGACGCUCACGGAAGAGUUCAGGAACGCCAACCAUGAAUGGAGGCAAGGUAGUCAAUCAGGAGGAGUCCACAUAGCAGGACCAAGGCCUCAGGAAGCUGGAUUGGAUCCAUAUGCACAACUUACAAGAAUCAAACAAAAAAGAAUUUAAUUAGAGAGAACAAACAAAUCCAGGAGUGAGGAUGGUUUUGAACAUGCAAUCCGUUAGAUGAACUGAUGAAGCCAUUGCCUGAAAGAACAAAGAAACAUUAAAUCAGGACUUGAUUUUCAUUCUGUUUCCUCUUAUGCAAAACUCUCGACCCUGUGGUAAACUCAUCUCCAAAACAUUAAAUAAAGGAAAAAAAAAAGAAACUUAAAAUACCCUACACGUUUGAGAUUUGAAACAAAUAUCCCUCAAAAUCCAAAGGCCUUUCUUGCUUCUCCACUGUUGAAAUCCUUAAAACCGAAGAGAGGAUUUUGUUUAGCAAUCACCAAGUAUCAUGUGAGGAGUGAACCCAUCACAGUUCAUUCAGACAGCAGAUGCAGGGCUCUGUGUUCUGACGGUGUUACCCACACCUUCACUGAGCCCCAACCAACUCUUGUCAGGAUCCAGAACUCGCCAUGUCAUCUUAGUGACGUUCCAGUACUAGGAAAGGAAAGGACAACUGGUCAAACAUAAAGACAAUGUCCAACUCUUAUUGGGCAUGACGGCGCCAUGUCUGUUGGCUGGGUGAACAGUUGGCCUCUGGGAAGUAGACUGCAUUUCAUUCAAGUUGCUCCACCCUCAAUCCCAACCCCACCAUGGAAUUCCUCACCCAUUUCCAAGUCCUUCUUCUGAAAGUAGUCCAGACUCAUCCUUUGAGGGUAGAGCAUUGUAGGAAGCCAGUCUGUGCAUACUGGGCCCAUUUGUGUUGAAUGAUCUUAAUUUGCAGAAAUUCUGGUCACCACCUUUCAAGACUUUCCUAACAGUAUUGUGGGUGUAACCCUGUAUCCCACAGCCUGCGGAGGUUCAAGAACACAGCUCACCACUACCUUAUCAGGGGCAAUUAGGGAUGAGCAAUAAGUACUGGCCCUUGCCAGCAAUACCCACAUCCCAUGAAAUAAUUGAAAAAACACCCACAGUGAGAUUAUGUUGAAUUUUUAGAUAUGCACCCUUGAACAGCUUCCAGCUCACUGGUUUGGUGGUUUAUGUUUUGCGACCAUUUUGUUCUGCCAUAUUCGGGAUUGCUGACUGUUCCCAAGACAUUUGAGUUGCACUGAAUGUCUGGAUGGAUUUGGAUUGCUCAAACAAGUCUCCAGCCCAUUUACACAUUCAUGAUAUUGGCUGCCUGUGCGCGGUAUCAUAUUUCUGUUGCUGCAAGAUUCCACAUCAACACUGCAGCUUCAACUUACAUUUUCACCCAUUAACGAGCCUUACGGCUCUAAUUAACUGCUGGUUUGGUUGGCUUAAGGAGUGCAGGUUGGCGCUGACAAUGAUACACACCGACAGUCAUUAGCUGCAGAACAAAAAGAUACAAUUAACACAAAUAGAUGGUUCACAGAACUGUAAUUUUGGCUCGCUCCUUAAGAAGCCCUUGACUUAACAAGGUGUAUAUUUUACACCAACAAUAAUGCCUUGCAUUUAUAUAACACCUUUUAAAAGAAUUGAAAGCCCACUUGGGUGUAAUCAGCAAGUCAAACAAGGUUGGCAUUGGGACAGGAGACCAAAAUCUUGCUGAAAAUGGAAAGGUUUAAAGAGAAAAAGCGAAGCAGUGAGACAAAGAGGUUUAAUAAAGGAAUUCCAGAGGGUAAAGCUUUGAUAACUUUCACUGGUGAGAGAAUGAUUAAAAUUGGGGGAUGAACACAAGACCUGAAUUCCAGCAGCACAGAAACACCCAAGGUGGAAGGGUUGGAGGAUGUUUUGUUGGGCAGACAUAAAUGAAUGAGGGAUUUGGUAAACAUCAGCCCCGAAUACAGAAUGAACUGCUGCUUGACUGAAGGACAGUGUAGAUCAGGAGGCAGAAGUACCAUUGCUGCAAGGCUUAUUGCAAGUUAGGACAUGGAAUGUCUGAAUGUUCUCAAGUUUACAGAGUGCAUAACUUACGAAAAGCUCCUUGGAAUCACCGUGACUCCUGAUAACUAAAUAAUGGGUGAGGGUUGAUGAAAGAGAUGGAAGCAGUGCUGUGGUGAUGUUGUGGAGGUGGAAAUAGUUUCAGUGAUGGAUCAGAGACUUAUUUGGAAGUUCAUUUCAGGAUCAGUAGCAACAUCGGGUUUGUGCACAUUCUAAAUCAGCUCAAGACAGUUGCCAGAGAUGGGGAUGGAGCUGGUGAACUUGAGAACAGAAUUUGUGGUGGAGAUCAAAGAGAAUGGUUUUAUCUUCCAAGGUUUUAGCUGAAUCAUUAUUUUUACUUACCUGUCACUGGAUGUUAGACAAGCAACAUGACUAACCAGAGGCAAUAGUGAGGUUGUCGGAGAAGAACUGGAUGUUACCUGAAUAUUAUGUAAUCCGAUGCUAUGCUUUUGGAGGAUAUUACCCAGGGAUAGCAUAUAUAUUGCAGGAAAUGCUACAGCCAAAUUGCACACUGCAAGACCCAAUGAACAGCAAUGUUAUAUAUGACCCAAUACUCUGUUUCAGCGAUGUUGCUCUGGCUUGAAUUAAAAGUUAUGAAAGGUGCUAUAGAAAUGCAGCCUUUUUUUCCUUUUAUAUGAUCGGGGCUCAGGGCUUCAUUGUCAUAUAAGGAACCAAAUGAGUGCUCUGGGUAGCUCCUCAGUAUCUCUGCAGGCUUUGUCCAUGACUGUAACCAUUAAUAAAUAUAUGGUGCAAAGUCUAUGUUACCACUCUGCAAAUGUUAAUUAAAUGCUUGAACUGUGCUGUCCCUGAAGGGAAUCGGAAGAUGCGUGUGCUAUUAAUGCAGCAUUGUGUAAUGCAAGCCGUACAUUUCCAUCAACUGCUGGCAUCUUCUUGCUAAUUCUGCAGUGCUGGUGUUACAGUGACAGAUUGUAAAUGCCUCCUGGACAAGUAUCCUAUAUGUGAUGUGAUCAACUGCCAUUGAAAGGCAGCUAGCCACACCAUCUGUAAAACAGAAAUACUGAAAUUAAACUCAGGACUUCUAAUUAUUCAUGUUUAGAUUAGCAGGUAACCAGGAGUGAGCUACAGGUUGGAAUCUAAUCCAGGGGUGAGGAUGGUUUAUAUUAUAGAAUAAUAUGAGUGAGUUAACAGCUACUUUGAGGGCUUUGAGUGAUUUUAUAUGUUACAUAACAGGUACUCAGGAAUGAACUACAGUUUGGAAUGUAACUGAGAGGUUUACGUAAUUUAUAAUUAGGAUAAUGGAUACCUGGCUGUGAAUUGCAAGCAGGAAUUGAGUUGAAUAGUUCAGAUAGUUUAUAGAGCAGGACAUAUUCUGGAAUAAGUUAAUUGCUGGAAACUAAUUUAAGGUCUCAGACAGUUUUAUAUAUAAUAGAGAUAUCCAGGAGUCAUUUGCUUGCUGAAGACUAAUUGUGGGGUUGAGUUUUUUUAUGUGUAUAGAACAAUGGAGAUUGUGAACUGUAGUUAACAGGCUAUUUCAAAGGCAAACCAUCAGAUCCCUGAUUUAGAUAAAAGCUGCAAACACUUGCUGUGUAUCUUUCACUUUGAUGCUUAAAUAGUUGGUUCGGGGAGCAGAAUGUUUGAAUAACUGAAUGGUUUUGCAUGGCAGUUUAAAUAUUUCCAGUAUUUUAAUCUUU